GGUUACACGUUUCAGUUGAUCGCGCUGUUGGCAUCCCCUCAUGAAUAUUAAUGAAAUGAAAGGGCGCAUAAGACAGCCCCCGGAGCCGGCUCUCAACACAGCAUCAACAUCACAAGAGAGAGUGGGGUUAUAACGGAAGAGCUUUUCAAUCACACUUUUGAUACUCAGCCUUGGGUCGUUAAACGGUUGCUAUCAAUCAUUUUGACGUUAACAGAUAAAUUAAAUACGAUUUUAAAAUGGCUUUGAGAGGGCCACUGUGUCGUCUUCUGCGGACUCAACUCAACAAUACCUGUCAGAGCAGGCCUCAUUCUGUGGCUGUUUUAGGAGCCCCCUUCUCAAAAGGACAGAAAAGGAGAGGGGUGGAAGAUGGACCCAAAGCCAUCAGAGAUGCUGGUCUGAUCGAGAGGCUUUCACUUCUGGAUUACCCAGUGCAUGACUUUGGAGACCUGAGCUUCCAGCAUCUGGAGAAGGACGAUCCCUACAUGCACGUCCCCUUCCCUCGCACUGUGGGCAGAGCUAACAAACUGCUGUCAGGGGCCGUCAGCAACGCUGUGGGAGCCGGACACACUACCAUCAUGCUGGGAGGAGACCACAGCCUGGCCAUUGGUUCAGCGGCAGGCCACGCCCAGCAGUGUCCUGACCUGUGUCUGAUCUGGGUCGACGCCCACGCUGACAUAAACACGCCCCUCACCUCUCCCUCAGGCAACCUCCACGGACAGUCGGUCGCCUUCAUGCUCAAAGAACUGCAGAACAAGAUGCCUGAGCUCCCAGGGUUCAGCUGGAUGAAGCCCUUCCUGUCAGCUAAAGACCUGGUCUACAUCGGCCUGAGAGACAUAGACCCCGGAGAGUACGACAUCCUGAAGGACUUGGGUGUCCAGUACUUCACAAUGAGAGACAUCGACAGGCUCGGCAUCCAGAGAGUCAUGGAGGUCACUUUCGACCACCUCUUGUCAAGGAAGCAGCGGCCGAUCCAUCUGAGUUUUGACAUCGAUGCGAUGGACCCGUCUCUGGCCCCAGCAACAGGAACACCAGUGAACGGGGGUCUGACUUACAGAGAAGGAAUCUGGAUCACAGAGGAGAUCCACAACACAGGCUUGUUGUCAGUGAUGGACCUUGUUGAGGUCAACCCAUCCCUGGGGGCGAGCCGUGAGGCGGUGGAGAUCACAGCUUCCAUGGCGGUGGACGUCAUCGCGUCGUCCCUGGGCCAGACCCGCGAGGGAGGCCCCAUCGCUCAGGAGUCGCAAACGCUUAAAGAGGACACGGAACAGCUCCGACUCUAGAACACACAGCUUCUAGAACACUAAGGACUUUCAACAUAUGACCACUUGGCAUUCCUGAAUUCUAAAAGACUUUACAUACAGAACAGACACACUGAAGCAGUAGUUGGAAUGGUUUCAGAGCUUUUUGUUACAUCUUCUGUUGUGUAUGGGACUGUAUGGCAACAGUCAGUCAAACUUAAAUCAUGACUGAACUUACAAUAAAUAAUAAGCCAAGUUAAAGGCUUAUAUAGCUUAUUUACUAAGAUGACGUGAAAAGCUUAGCCCAGAUCUGUGCUAUCACGUCAUCUGUUUGGCAGGACAAGGAGUCGCACAAAAACAAAAGUCGCACAAACAGACCGGUAACCAGGCUAUAAAAAGCUCUCAUCUAAAAUGUUAAUUGUAAUUGAUGUGAUCAGCUGGUCUCCCUGGCCUUGAAAAUACAGCCACCCUAUUUAAAUGUUGACUAUUUGAUGUGAUCAGUGGUAUGCCAUAGACACGGUGAUCAGUGGUAUGCCAUAGACACGGUGAUCAGUGGUAUGCCAUAGACACGGUGAUCAGUGGUAUGCCAUAGACACGGUGAUCAGUGGUAUGCCACAGACAAAGUGAUCAGUGGUAUGCCAUAGACACGGUGAUCAGUGGUAUGCCAUAGACACGGUGAUCAGUGGUAUGCCACAGACACGGUGAUCAGUGGUAUGCCAUAGACACGGUGAUCAGUGGUAUGCCACAGACACGGUGAUCAGUGGUAUGCCAUAGACACGGUGAUCAGUGGUAUGCCAUAGACACAGUGAUCAGUGGUAUGCCAUAGACACAGUGAUCAGUGGUAUGCCAUAGACACUGUGAUCAGUGGUAUGCCAUAGACACGGUGAUCAGUGGUAUGCCAUAGACACUGUGAUCAGUGGUAUGCCAUAGACACGGUGAUCAGUGGUAUUGCCAUAGACACGGUGAUCAGUGGUAUGCCAUAGACACGGUGAUCAGUGGUAUGCCAUAGACACGGUGAUCAGUGGUAUUGCCAUAGACACGGUGAUCAGUGGUAUGCCAUAGACACGGUGAUCAGUGGUAUGCCAUAGACACUGUGAUCAGUGGUAUGCCAUAGACACGGUGAUCAGUGGUAUGCCACAGACACGGUGAUCAGUGGUAUGCCACAGACACGGUGAUCAGUGGUAUGCCAUAGACACAGUGAUCAGUGGUAUGCCACAGACACGGUGAUCAGUGGUAUGCCAUAGACACGGUGAUCAGUGGUAUGCCAUAGACACGGUGAUCAGUGGUAUGCCAUAGACACUGUGAUCAGUGGUAUGCCAUAAACACGGUGAUCAGUGGUAUGCCAUAGACACGGUGAUCAGUGGUAUGCCAUAGACACAGUGAUCAGUGGUAUGCCACAGACACGGUGAUCAGUGGUAUGCCAUAGACACGGUGAUCAGUGGUAUGCCAUAGACAUAAUCACUGCAGCUCUGUAAUUGGGUUGUAUGAAGCUGGGUUCACACGACGACGAGCAUGAAACUGCCUCAAUCUACUUUUAGGUGCAGACUGUUAUUAAUAUUAUUAUUAUUAAUAUUAUUUUACUAAUGUGUCCAUAGUGUGGUUUGGACACAAAUACCUCCGCUCAAUAUGAAGUGGCUGUGCCAGUUGAGUUGUCGAAGUGAAGCGUUUGCACUUUUGGACCAGAUGUGGUUUUGACGCAUUUUAUUUAGAAGUAUUAUGUUUUGUAGUUUUACAUAAAAUAAUCACUAUUAUUAAUCCAUGUUUAUGUAUUUACUGUCUGGUUUUACAUUAGUCAGUAUUAAAUGACUAGGUAACGCUUUUCACAAGUACAUUUCUAUAAUUUAAAAUGAGUGUAUGUAAAGGAUAUAUGGGAAAUGCUGAAAGAGUGAAAUAAUAUUAUUUGAUUUACUAAAUGUAAAAACAUGCCUUUUGACGUGACCACUGAAUCUGUCUUUUAAAUAAAGUCAUUUUAGUCUUCCACAAUGA